CACUCAAAGGAAGUUUCCCAAGUCCAUCGACACAAUUUUCAUAAUUUACAAUAGCAAUACGUCACAUAUUUAUGUGUAUAAUUAGAAGGUGGGUCUAGUGAGUGAAUGAAAAUAGUUUCUCCAUCUGGUCCACUGCCAAACACAAGCUCAAAUGUUUCAAUUAAUGCCCUCUCCAUAGUGUCUAGUAUCACGUGACAAUACCCCUCAUGUCUCCAAUCCAACAAAUCGUACUGUCAGUAAUCUCGCGCUGUUCAAAAUGGUGAAAUCAAAAGUGAACAAUUUGCGCGGUCUUUUGACCAAAACCCUCGGCGACGACAUCGAAAUCAUCGACCAAAAAACCACCCUUUUGACAGCACCUGGUGAACACUACGGAAGCAUCAUGUUGGCAUUGGAUGUCACAAUCAAGCAACCCACGACUGGAACCAAAAAGUACCAUCUCGUGGCGAAAUUAAUCCCCGCCAAUGAGAUGCUCCGAGUGGCUUUUGACAUUUAUGUGACGUUCAAAAAAGAGGUACUUGCGUACACUGAAACCAUCCCUUACAUCACACAAUUGCAACGCGAGUACCAAGUACCCCCGAACCACCAUUUCGACAAGCUCUUCGCCAAGUGUUACGGCGCGAGAGUGAGCUUGAACCCCGAGAGGAACCAAGUGGAUGAAGAUGCGGUACUCAUCUUCGAAAAUCUCAAGAUUCAAGGGUACCAAACUGAAGAUCGUUUGCUUGGUUUUGGUUUAAAAGCUUCCAAGGUGAUUCUACGUGACUUGGCCCGGUUUCAUGCAGCCCCAAUUGCAGUAAAAAGGCUCAAAUUUGAUGAUUUUCAAUCAAAAAUCCUCCCGGCACUUGUGAAAAAUAAGGGGUUGGAGCAGUUACCCCCCGAAGUGGGGGUGGCAUUCCACAAUAGUAUUAUGGAAGGUGCUGUGGAAGUACCAGAACUUGGGGAGUACCUCCCCCGGGUGCAGAAAUUGGUGGAUUACGCCGCCGCCAACCCUUAUGUCAAUCGACCACCCCCAAACGAGCUCUGGGGGAGUAUGUCCCAUUCCGAUUUUUGGACCAGCAACACCAUGAUUUUGUAUGACGAGCAAGGGGAGGCUGUUAGUAACAAAAUCGUCGAUUUGCAAAUUAUGACUUAUAGUUCCAUUGCUCGUGAUGUGAUUUUUUUCAUGUUUACUAGUAUUAUGAAUCGGGUGCUUGAGGAGAAUUACGAGGAGUUGUUGAGGACAUAUUAUGAUAGUUUUGUGAAUACACUCAAAGAGUUUCGGUUGGAUGUGAGUGAGUAUAGUUGGGAAAACUUCCUCAAGGAGUUGGAGGAAGUUGCACCAAGUGAAGUUUACCAUGUUCUUGUUAUGUUGAAGCCGAUUUGUACGGAAAGAGGGAAAGUUGAGCACAGUUUGGAGGAGUUUCAAGACAGUGAUUGGAGUCGCAAAGAUCUACUAGGGCCUUCACAUCGCAAGAAACUCAAAGAUACGGUGCUAGCACUAGUGAAGAGAAAUUGGAUUUGAUGUUUUUUGCAAUUUAUACAAUAAAUUUAUUUUAUUGAUA